CAGGGACUGGAGGGAGAAACAGGAAAGAGGAGGGGGAGAGAGCUCCUGGGUUGCUGCCGCUGCUGCUGUUGCUGCUGCUGUUGCUGCUGCUGCUGCUGCUGCGAGAGGCUGUUUCUUUACUCUCCCUGGCAGGCUCUCCUGCUGCCUGGGAAAGUGGGUUACAGAGGGAAGGAGCUCAGCCCAGACGCUGGCAGAGAAGCAGCCAGAUACACAGAGUCUAAGGAAGCACCCCUACCAUUGACAGUCGCCUCCUCAUCAUUAAAGCAUUUUAUAUUUGCACUCUUCCUUCGGAAAAUUUGUUCCUCCACUUUCUCCCCUACUCCUGCUUGGAUUUGAUGAGGGCUUUGUUAAAUCUCAGAGGGGAAACAGACUGAGCGAGGGAAAGAGCGAGGCAAAGUGGAAGGGAGUGCGCGCUGGACCCGCCCGAGCAGCCUUGGCAGUGGCUGCGAGCCCCGCGCGCUAGAGCCCCUCUCCGUGGCCAGCAGCGCGCACACGCGAGUCCACCGCGGACCAACUCGCCGAGGCCACCAUGGUCGGGAGAGUUCAGCCCGAUCGGAAACAGUUGCCGCUGGUCCUACUGAGACUGCUCUGCCUUCUUCCCACAGGACUGCCCGUUCGCAGCGUGGAUUUUAACCGAGGCACGGACAACAUCACCGUAAGACAGGGGGACACGGCCAUCCUCAGGUGUGUGGUAGAAGACAAGAACUCGAAAGUGGCCUGGUUGAACCGCUCUGGCAUCAUCUUCGCUGGACACGACAAGUGGUCUCUGGACCCUCGGGUUGAGCUGGAGAAACGCCAUGCUCUGGAAUACAGCCUCCGAAUCCAGAAAGUGGAUGUCUAUGAUGAAGGAUCCUACACGUGCUCAGUUCAGACACAGCAUGAGCCCAAGACCUCCCAAGUUUACUUGAUCGUACAAGUUCCACCAAAGAUCUCCAACAUCUCCUCGGAUGUCACUGUGAAUGAGGGCAGCAAUGUAACCUUGGUCUGCAUGGCCAAUGGGCGCCCUGAACCUGUUAUCACCUGGAGACACCUUACACCACUCGGAAGAGAAUUUGAAGGAGAAGAAGAAUAUCUGGAGAUCCUAGGCAUCACCAGGGAACAGUCAGGAAAAUAUGAGUGCAAGGCUGCCAACGAGGUCUCCUCGGCAGAUGUCAAACAAGUCAAGGUCACUGUGAACUACCCACCCACUAUCACAGAAUCGAAGAGCAAUGAAGCCACCACAGGACGACAAGCUUCCCUCAAAUGUGAGGCCUCAGCGGUGCCUGCACCUGACUUUGAGUGGUACCGGGAUGAUACCAGGAUAAACAGUGCAAAUGGCCUUGAGAUUAAGAGCACUGAGGGGCAGUCCUCCCUGACGGUGACCAAUGUCACUGAGGAACACUAUGGCAACUAUACCUGCGUGGCUGCCAACAAGCUCGGCGUCACCAAUGCCAGCCUAGUCCUUUUCAAGCGUGUUUUACCCACAGUCCCCCACCCCAUUCAAGAAAUUGGCACCACCGUGCACUUCAAGCCAAAAGGACCCGGGUCGGUGAGAGGAAUCAACGGAUCCAUCAGUCUGGCCGUACCACUGUGGCUGCUGGCAGCAUCGCUGUUCUGCCUUCUCAGCAAAUGUUAAUAGAAUAAAAAUUUCAAAAUAAUUACAAAAACACACAAAAAGAUGCGUCACACAGAUACAGAGAGAGAGAGAGUGCAAGAUGGGGGGGGAGACUAGUGUUUCACAGGAUUGUGUGUUUAUAAAUGAAGGGGGAAUAUGAAAAAUGAAGAAAAUACAACACUAAAAACAGUUUUAAGAUCCUUCAAUAAAAAUCUGAGUAUAAUUUAGGGUGGGAAAACCUCUCCCAGAAUAUGUGUCUAUCUUCUAAGACUGCUGUGUAAAGAUUCCAUCAUGCUAAGAAUGCCUGAUGUUGUACAAAUGAGACUAUUCAAGAAGUACCAGAUGGAUAUUAACUCUCCCACACUUUAUCCUUCCUUCAUCCAUUUUCAUCUGUGGGGAAAAAAGAAGGUCUUGCCUUUGGUGUUUAUACUUCCAUAACCUUUUAUUCUGUUUUUCAUUUGAACGUAUGUGUCACCAUUUUGGACUAUCAACGGAAACCUGUGUUGAGCCUUUCUCAGGCUCCCCUGCCUCGAUCAUCUCUCUAACUUUUAAGGACAUCCCCUUCCCCUGCCAGUGUGUUCUAUCCCCCCUCCCAGCACACCCAUUCCAAAUAUUCCCCUUUUCUCUACCCCACCUCCCUUUGCCCCAGCAACCCUGAACGCUAGUCAUGCCGCAAACGCUAGGAAGUACCAUUUUCAUCUUCUCCACUGUGCGCGUGCGCUCAAGUCUCUCGCUCUCACGUAGAUGUACAUGUGUGUGAGCGUGUAUGUGUCUUUCUCUAAAGCAUGCCAGGGGAAUGGUCCAUGUGUACAUAGACCCAUUGUGCUGUAGAUACUGUCCUGCACUGUAGUUGUGAGGUGCGGCUGUCACAGGUUGCUGGGGGAGACGGGCUGGGUGGGAGGCAAGGAGCAGCAUCCCUCCCCAUUCAUGGCCGUCACAUGACAUCAGUGUGCAUUCAAACCAAGCUGUGCUCCUUCUGAGGGCAGGACCCCAUACCCCUGCUGGUCUCAUUUUCAGAACCCAGCUGGGAGUCACUCAGAAUAUCACUGUACAUGAAAGUGCCUACUAUCACUGGGGUGAGCAGACAGGGAACAGAUCCGUGGCCUGGAUGAUAUGACCUAGGGGAGGAAGAUGGUCUCUGAUUUCACUCUUAGCUCACAAGCCUGGAGUAUCCAUCAGUUUCAAGGCUUUAUAAAAGUUAAACCCCACUGCAGAAAGGAGCAGCAUAUAUUGAACAAAUCUCCAGAAACAAGCGAUUAACUGAGUGGUAACCCCCCCCUCCCAAGGGAAGUAGGAGCCUAUGGUGACCCUAAGCAAGCCUGCUAAUCUUCAAGUAACACUGCAUUUGCCCCAUAAGGCCCCUAAUUGGAGAUUCUUGGCCCAAUAAAAUAUUGUGAAUGAGACAUAAAACAUAGAGAGAUGCCCGAAUCUUCUGUAGAGGCUGCUAAACCUCUAAUGCAAAGUAUUGGUCAGCACAAAAUAAGAAUUCCAGGCUUGAUUCUCCUUUGUGGAUUCUUAUCCUUGAAUUCAAGACUAAUGCUUUAUUGGUUUCCUGCCCCACUGCUGAUGCAUGUGGCACCAUUGCCCAUAGAGGCCAGUCAGUAUCCUAAGCCAGGCCACUGGGGCGCUGAGUGCACUCACCUUCCCUACUCUGCUUAGAGUCCUCUUCACACUAACACUGAAACCUGAGCUACUUGUUUAACCAUAAGGAGGUCUGAGCAACCUGAGAUGAGCCCAAGCAGAAGUAUGAGCAUUCCCAAGCCCUGCAUCGUUGUAGUUGUAUCGCCAACAGCGUUGGCCUAGGGGAGGUUUUACAGGAAGGCUGCCUCUCUGCAUGUGGGGAUCUCUGCUAGGAAACCAGCAGCUGCUUUCCCUUAAAACUAUAUAGAAGCAUCCAAAGUAAUUCACUUUAGGAAAGGAUGAAGGGUUAUUGCUGAGGUCAUAACGCAAUGUUAUCUCACAGAGCCAUGGCCCAUCAAGUUUUCUAACCUUUGAAAUGGCUGUCACAGGAUACAAAAUGAAGGGAAAGAAGGAAGAAAAGAAAGAUAAAGAAGAAGGAAGGAAGAAAGGAAGGAAGGAAGAAAGAAAGGAAGCAAGGAAGGGAGGAAGGAAGAAAAGAAGGAAGGAAGGAAGGAAGGGAGGAAGGAAGGAAAGAAGGAGGGAGGGAAGAAAAGAAGGAAUAUGAGCAGUAUUUUAUAUUUCUUCUAAGGAAUUACAUCAUUUAGUUUAUAAAUCUGCCACAUCCUGUCUUCAUUGUUUUCAGUUUUGACAUGUUCCAGGGGACAGACAGGGCUCAGGAUGCAUAAAAGUAUUUAUGGAUGAUCAAGAGAUAGGAUAGGAAUCCCUAUCCAAGAGUGUAGCUAGUAAUACAUAAGGAAGGGGUCCCACAUUCCAAUAUGAUACAUUGGCAAUCAAGGACUUCUCUAGAAGUCUAGUUCUCUUGUACUGAAGGAAACGUGUUUCCCAUGUUAAAGAGCCCUCCACAUCCUUAAGUAAAGUCUUAGAAGAGUGCAUACUGGUCUAGAUAAAAGGGAUAAGGAAACGGAAGUUAAUUCAGCAUCAUUUAGUAUUAGUUUCAGAAAUGGAUGUCAUAGGCUUUGAUAAUGCACCUGGUCUUCAGGGUCCCCACCCUAUCAUAAGGACAAGCUCUGGGUUUUUGUGGGAGGAGUCUCUCCUUUGGAAAGGAUUCCUGGCCAUGCCAAUAUCAUUUGUUCUCUUUGUUUUAUUAUAAAUGGCCCAUAGAGCAAACAGCUAACUUUUUUUUUUUAAUGUGAUGUUUGCUCAUAUCCCCAGCAAGAUCUGAGAUUUUUUUUUUUUUUUUAAAGAACGUCUCUCCCAUGUGGAGAAAACCUAGGCUUCACCAUAUGCCACAUAGUUUUGAGAAUGUUCCUAAGUCACAUGCAGAACUGAGGAAAUGUUCUUUGAAGCAAGAUUAGAAUCACCAUAGGGCCAGAUGACCUACACCAAGAUGUCAUACGACUGACAGAAAAAUUCAUGAUAUUGCUGUAAAUCUGUCCAAUGAUCUCACUUGUUGUUAAUCAAAGUACUGAAUGAAAAACAAGUGAUUGGAACAAAUAGGUAGCAAGGAGUGAAAGAAUGCAUUCAUAAGCGUGGACCACUCAUGGAUUUUAUAUCCUUUGCAUACAAAAUGAAAGUUAUGCCAUUCAUAAGACAAAAUCUUUAGCCUCAGCUUUCAGUUUAAAAAGUAGAAAUUACUUUGACCCAGGGCAGGCCCCGAAGAAGGCUAACUCUCCUGGAUUCUACAACUGCAGAAUUGUCUAUUCUCCUUGCAGCUGGUGAUCAGAAUGACUUCGCCUAAUGAGAGGCACAUUGUUCUUGUGAGACUUAAAAUCACUUUCUUCCAAAACAAUGACAGCUUAUGGAAAAGUAGGCAUGUUUUCUGUUUGAAAGGAUUUUUUCCUUUAGCUCUUGCAUUCUCUUCCAAGUCAGACAAAUAUCCCCCCCCCUUACCAUGAACAUUUUUUUCUUUAAAUUCAUAGACAACUGAGGCUAUUCAAAGAGACCUUAUAACAAUACUCGUGAUUUUUACGUUCUUGGAGGACCAACACAAAAGUGUGUUUCUCCUCCAAAGAUGGACUUUACCUCCUCUGCCUACAGAAACUAAACUCCUCAGCAUGAAACUGCUUUUUGAGUCCUUUCUUCUCAGCCCACAGUCACAGGGUCCUCUUUGAGAUGACUACGAUGUGACAUCUUUUAUUGGCUAGUCUUCCUCAAGUUUUAAUUUUGUCCUUUAUAGGCUUUGGGUUCUUUGUGCAAAAACAAAAAAUUAUAUGUGUGUGUAUGUAUUGUUUUAGAUCUUAUCUUUACAAAUGAUAUAUUUACAACAAUGUAUGUAUUAUAAGAAAAAUUUAGAACGAUGGUUUAAACUUAAAAGGAAGAGAGGUAUUGGAUUUGGUUUAUUUUUUAAAAAGCGCUAUGGUUCAUUUAGAAAAAUGUGGAUGCCUUUCUGUCCACUUUGUUAUUAUUUGUUUAAAGGAAAUUUGCUUAUGCGACCACGUGCUACAGGAUUAACCAUGUCCUCAUGGUUUUUCUUAUUCUCACAAAUUCUCAGCCUGGAUUUAGUCUCGGUUCCCCUGUAAACUGCCAGGUUUUAUAACAAUGUGAGAGCAGUGUUAUAUCUGACCUAAAAAGCUAUUAAAACUCUGAAGACAAAUAAAUAUACCUGAAAAAAAAAGUGAGAUAGACCCCAAGUUAAGAAACACAACCCUACUUUAGGAAAUCUCUUUCAUAUUUAAGUAUUAAAACUGUUUCUCCUCCCGAGACUUAGUCUGCCCAAGUGAUGUAAAUUCCCCAUUAUGGUUGACAUCAUAUCUGUAAACAUCUCACUAAAUGCAAAAUGAAGUUCACAUUUACACGCAUACCAGUGGGAAGAAAAGUAAACCAUUCUCGCUUGCAUUUAGCUAUGUUGUUCAAAUGUCACCAACUGAACCUCAAGAAAGAAUUUGGUUUUGCCCACAAUGUAUAUCACUUUCCUCUUGGCUAGGCGGCUGGUGUUAACACUAGGUUUAGGUUUAGCAUUCACGCCAGAGAAAUGUUUAUGGAUAUUGUAGAAAACUUAUUUUAAAAUCCUGAUUUCUCGUCAGCGCAUUUGCAUACUGUGCUGAUUAAUAAAUUAGGCACCAAUCAUGUGUAAAUCAAUGUAAAUCACUAGUUUAUGUACAUAAUAUAAACUAUGUAAACUUCAUUUUUCAUGCAGAGCCCAAGUUCAGCUAAACCUAUAAAUCUUAAAGAAAGAGAAGUCCAAAUAAGAAGAACAAAUGCCAAAGCUUUUGACAGGUCAGUGGUCUAAGAAGAAAGCCUGAAGCUCCAAAUGUGGUUGCCUUAGGCAAAGGGAGUAUAGACGCCCAGAACACUUAGAAGCGCUUCCAGCCAAGUAGAGUGGGCUGCGGGCUCUUUGUUCCUUCUGCUUCAGUGAAGAUUCUCUAACCUGCCCCAACCAACCCUUCUCAGAUGGAGAGAAAGAGGACUAGGGUAGGAAGGAUUCGGUUUCUUGCCAGCUAAUACAUAUUAUAUUGUGUCUUUAUUUAAAUAGCUCCAACAGAUUCACCAAUACUUACAUGAACAGAUUACCACACACUCCCCAUUCUUUGGUCUGCUUUAAACUUAACCACACUCAGAAAAUACCUUUAUCAUCCUAAUCUGAAAUAUAUUGUAUCCUUGAGAAACAUCUUGCUGAAGCUCUCUACACUAUUAUUAUUAUUAUUAUUAAUUAUUUUCUCUGGCAGCCUUGCAUAUCUACAUGCCUGUGGAUUAAAAGUAAGCUACAGAGUCAUUUGAAUGAGAAUGUCACUCCCAGGUAUCUCUCUUAGCCUUUCUGAAGUACCUGCUGACUUAACAGUGCCCUAUAUACCUUUAUUCCAACCAAAACAACUGAUACAUUCAUUCAUCAAGAGGGAAUAUAUGAAUGUCCUACCAGACGACUGUAGAAAGAAAUUUGGGUCACACUGAGGCUCACACUCAUCUACUGAGGACAAAAAGCGUCUGUAACCUGAAAGAUGUAUCAGGAUUGGGGUCAGGAAAAUGGGGCUGUUACUUGGGUCUGUCCACACAAAAAGCCGUGAGAUGCUGACACUGGCAAGUUAUUUCCCAUUCCUGAGUUUUUAGUUUUCUCAUUUGUAUAGUCAAGAAUUCAAACGAUACUUCAUGGUCUCUCCCACCUCUAAACCCUCUGAUUCUGAAUAUGAAUUAAAAUUCAUUAAAUGCUGCCACCCACGCAAAGACCCACGCAGAGCCAUGUGCUGGUCUCUGGUUUUCUCUAAACCCACCCCCCCUCCAUCUUCACAACACAGCACCUUCAAGAACCACAGGGGCUCUGGACCGAUUCUGUAUUUCUUUUCUGAGCAAAAUUUCUUAGAGAUACAGAGGAAGGACAUUUUCAUAUUAAAGCGAGGGCACCGAAAUAGCUGAGGUAGCUUCCUUGUUCGUAAUAUUGGGAAAUGUAACAGUUGAACUGUAGCCUAAUAGCCUUUCAUGGGAAGGAAAAUGGCCAGAUUGGGCAUUAUGUACGUAACAAAUGAGGAAGUUGCGCAUGUGAGAGGAAACAUCAGCUUGCUCUUAUGCUUGGCCAAGUGCUUCAUUAUGGUAAAUGUGUGUCACUGGGUGUUGUUGGCUGGUCCCAAGCGAGUUCAAAAAGGCUGUUUUGUGAGAAACAAGCAAGGGAAGGGGUUUCCAACAGAAGUUUCUUGAAACUUGACUAAUAAAUAGGCUGUGAAAUUGACCAAGUGGUUACAGAGAGGCCUUUUUUUUUUUAACAGCUUGAAUUGGUACAGUUUAAAGUAGCUAUGGGUGAAACAGGACACAAAAGCGUAUCGGGGAGGCACGGUUGAGAGAGAGUGAGAGAUGUAAAAGCUAAAACCAAACGUGAAAGUUUCAAGAAAGGAAGGUCAAACAAGAACAGUUGCUGGAGCAGUAAACGAGGGAUUGUUCUGUUGGGCCACAUACUCAACGCAGGUCCACUUGUCCAUCCCACUCUGUCUUCAACAUGCAACUUAACACCUUGUCCAGUCACCUUUUUCAUGAAUCUCCCCCAAAGAGCACAAGGAAUAGGGCUCUCCUGGACACCGAAGAGCAGAGUUCACUCAUCAUCACCUCCAGCAUUAGGAUCACUGUUUAGAUGAGGAUGCACAGUGGGCUUCCGGUACUCUGGACACUGUAAGUGGGAGAGAGACCCGCCCACCGAACACCUCCCCAAUCCCAUCGAUCUUUCCUAGGCACAGUUUUUUGGAUGGUGCUCGUGAGUCCACCCUACAGCUACAUUCUUCCCAACACAAACCCUCCCUGUGUAAUAUCUAGGCACGGUAAAAAUCUGCUUCUUGCAAAUGAAGAAAACCCACGGAGCUAGCUUCCUGGCGUCCCGCAGCAACUCUAUCCAUCCACCAGGAGCCUCUUUUGAACUCCCUUCCCUAAGUCUUUGCUCUUCACCAGAGCAUGAACACGGUUCAUCCUGCUGAACUUUGGCCAGGUUCUGCUCCAUAAGUAUUUACUGGGAGGGGGGAGGCUAAAGGGAGGAAAUAAAAAGGGGAGGGAAGGAUGCCUCCCACCUCUCCUCAGCCCUGCUUUGCCCCUCCCUUUCCAUUUGCUCUCCUGAAGGUUGUAUAAAUCCUGUUCUUGGUUAGACGUCUCCUCAUUAACAGUGUUAUAUACAUAUAAAUAUAUAUAUAAAAUAUAUUCCUUUUUCCAACCCUGUAGACAUGAACUGAUGUUCCCUUGACGAUAUAAAAACAUGGCCAUUUUUUGGUUCGGUUGAUUUGUCGCUCAAGUUACUUUAUUUUUGUUUAUUGGGUGGAUAUUUUUUCCCUGAAUACUAGCUCUGUGAAGGAAAGUUAAAAGCGCAAUGUGUGUAAAAAAAAAAAAAUUUAAAAUUAAAGAAAAGCCUUUUUCUUUUCCUUUUUAAAUGUAUUUAAAUUCUGGUUCUCUCUUCUGUUACUUUACACGUAUGAAUGCUCUGCUCUUCUGUGAUCUUAAAACAAAAUGAAAUAAACGUGAAAAGGAGAUGUGU